AUGCCUUUGCUAGACGCAAUCAAAAAGCCAAAGCAAGUUGCGCCAGCUUCUGAUAAUCGUUUUACAUCUUCAUACAUGUCAGCAUGGAACACAUACAAUGAACAUGAUAAACAAAACUCUUUUGUACAUGUACCCUUGUCACCGCCUGUCAAUCGCUAUUCUCGUUAUUAUAGAUAUAAAAAUCAUUUAAAAGAUACAGACAUUGAACCCUAUGAAAGUGACAAGGCUAGUUAUAGAUCUACACGCAUCAGAGAAAAGAUGAGUCAGGGAAAUGACAAGGAAGAACUAUGCACACGGCUACUUUGCUGCUGCUGUUUCCCGUGCCUACCCAUCUGGGGAAGAACGCUUUGUUGUUUUAUUUUCUUGGGUAUCUGUGUGCUGCUGGGGUUCAUGUUGGUGUUUAUGCUGGCAUUUAAGGCGCCUCAGAUGAAACUUUUAGGAGACUUGCAAGAUAUACAGCAGCAGAAUGGAACAUACAACUUUAGAUAUUAUAUACAAAACGAUAAUUUCUUGAGCUUUGAUUUACAGAAUAUAAGAAUUACAGCAUACUAUUCGGAUGCUUUAAAUACAAUCGGUGUUGGCGAAUUAUCUCAUUUGAAUCUACGUGCACAAUCAGCUAUGAACAUUUCUGUUUCUAUGAACAUGAUGACUCCCAGAGUAAAAGAAAUCAGCAAGAACUCUUCCAAUAGAACCGUGCCUCAUGCUUUAGCUGUGGCAUGCAGCAGUAUUUCAGAAUACUCAGAUGUGUAUCCACAAAAAGACCUGGAGUUAUCCUUUGAUAUGAUGCCAACAGUCAAAUUAUUCAGCUAUCCGAUAGUCACGGUUGUAUUUCAUGGACAAAAGACAACCAUAUCUUGUGGAGAGGGGUUAAAGGGGAUGUCAUCAAAAGAAAAGGUCCCUUAA